GAAGCUUCCCGAAACUGCCGCUCGGAAAAACUGUCGGGAACCCGGAAGAGGCGGCGACUUCCUUCCUUCCUGUCAGUCAUUCGGCUUCUCUCAAUCAGACACGACCGGCAAUUCCUCCUUCCACUCAUCGGCCAUGGCUCUGCUCUGCUACAACCGGGGAUGCGGCCAGCGCUUCGACCCCGCUACCAACACGGAAGAAUCAUGCACAUAUCACCCAGGUGUACCUGUCUUUCAUGAUGCUCUUAAAGGCUGGUCAUGCUGUAAAAGAAGAACAACAGACUUUUCUGAUUUCUUAAGCAUUAAGGGUUGCACCAAGGGCUUCCAUAAUAGUGAGAAACCCCCUGAGCCGGUCAAACCUGAAGUGAAAAUUACCUCUGAACGAAAAGAAUUAGCUGAUCUGAAACCUAAAUUUCAAGAGCACAUAAUUCAAGCACCAAGGCCAGUAGAAGCCAUUCAAAGACCAAGUUCUGAUGAACCAAUGAGCUGCUUGCAGUUAAAAGUAUCGGCGUCCUUGAAACAGGCGUUAGAAAAGCUAAAGCUAUCAACGGAAAAUGAAAUAAAAAAAGAAGAUGAUAGCGAUGAGAUAAAGAUUGGGACUCCGUGCAAAAAUGCAGGCUGUUCAAAGACAUUUGAAGGACCAGGCAACACAGAGGACGCGUGUAUCUAUCAUGCUGGUGUGCCUAUAUUCCACGAAGGGAUGAAGUACUGGAGUUGCUGUAAGAGGAAAACAUCAGACUUUAAUACUUUUUUGGCUCAAGAGGGCUGCACAACGGGAACACACCUGUGGAUUAAGAAGGAUGCCGGGAAGAAGGUGGUGCCAUGCAGGCACGACUGGCAUCAAACUGGGCGUGAAGUGACAAUAUCAAUCUAUGCGAAAAAUUCCAUUCCUGAACUUAGCCGGGUAGAGGCAAACAGUACAUUACUAAAUAUCCAUAUUGUGUUUGAAGGUGAUAAGGUGUUCAAUCAGAAUCUGAAUUUAUGGGGUGUGAUUGAUGUGCAAAGGAGCUUCGUCAAUAUGACGGCCACAAAGAUCGAGCUCACCAUGAGGAAAGCGGAGCCCAUGUUAUGGGCAGGCUUGGAACUCCCAGCAUCCAAAUUGCAACAAAAAGAGCCUCAAAACAUUGUAGAACAAGCUUGAAAUCUGGGAAGCUUUCCGGUUCCUUGUGCCUGGCAAAAUGGUGACUUGGUAUUUUAACACAAAUUGAUUUUAUAGGCAACCCACUUUAAAAGAAAAAAGAAUUCAUUCCGGCUCGAGUGUAGUGCAUGGCUUUUAAGCAGCAGGGCAAACCACUGGUUUUGUUGUACCGACUCCUCAAUUUCCCCAAUUUCGACUGAUGCUUCUGGAAACCUUGCAAACCUCCGAAUUCUCUCUGCCAUCGUAUUAUAAAGGGUGAGCGCAUGUUCUCAUUAGCCCAAACGAAAUAUCGCCUAAGAAACUAGUCGUCUCUAGCAUCUUCCAGGAAUGUAUAAUUUAUAUCAAUUUAUAAAUUGAAACUCCAAGUUAAAUUUUCAUUAGAUAGUUGGAUGCUUGCAAGAUUUGUUUCUGUAGCAAGGAGCACAAAUGGUGAUUGCCGUAUUUCUAUAUCAUCGUUUAAUGUUUUUAAAUGCAGAAAGGUAGAGAAAAAUCUGGGGGUUUUAGACUUGCCUGCUCAAAGAAGCUGGUAAUUCUUCUCUUUUUUAAAUUCCCUGGAAUUCAGGAAAUAUAUUGUCAGUGAGCUGCUAAGCUACCUCUGGGUACUUAUUCAGAAAGCCAAGGUUUUCCAAAGACCAGGCACUGGAAAUUUUGGGUCCGUUUCAUUUGCUUUUCUUAAGCCUUGCCCUCAUCCAAAGAGGAAAUAGACAAAAUGUCCAUAUUUGCACUCCUGAUUUUAGUGACUCUGCUUUUCUGAUCAGUUUUUCCAUCUCCUUUGUGGUAAAGCAAGUAAGGCAACUCAGGUUUAUACCGAGAUAUUCAGUUUGCCACCUUUUUGCCAGAAGUGUGACUUUUAAUGGGAGUUAAAAGUUGGGAAGGCUGAAAUAUACACAAGAAGUACAAAAUAGUUCAGCUUUAUGCAAAACUAGGAUCUUUGUGUAAAUGGCGAAUUGUGUCGCAUAACAAAUUACAGAACUUUUUAUAUACUUGAAGAUGGCAAAACUACUAUAGGUGCAAAAUGACUCGUUGGCGUCACUCAAGUCAUAAGGGAUUGCACGCAGAAAGAGGGGCCUUUUUAAAAAAAAAAGCCCUUGUAUUUAUAAUAUUUCUAUAUAUUUUUUAAAAAAGAUUUUAAUCUGGCAGGUGUAGGAGGAAAAUGAAGCAGCCUUUCAUGGUUGUAAUUCUUAAUAAGCAUUUCAGACAGUUUAAACGGAAUUUUCUAAGAAAAGAUAACUAGAAAACGGCCAAAUCCCCCAGUCUGCAGCCCAGUGCUGGGCCAUGGCUUGUUGGAAACUGGUCCCACAAGCAGCAGGCGAAGCUGCGUUAGUGCAACUGGCAUGCGCACACACAAAACCAUCCCCUCGCCACCGCCAGUCCGCACAGCAGGAAACGGGGAUGCUAUUCUAAAAGACAGACCUUAAUAAAACCAUACAUCUUCAGAAUCUGUUUCUUCUGUCCUUCGGGCUCCAAUUAGCUCUGUAGCAUCUGCUUUUCAGAUCUGGGUGGUCUGUUUCUUUGAAUUUCUGCCUAAAAGCCACCACACUGUACCCCAAUCACCCUUGAAUGCAAGUAUCCUGCAUUCAGGGGUCUGGAGAAGCCGUUCGGUGAGUGACAGACCCCGCUGGCAACUUCUGUUGUUAUGCGCAGCAGAUUCUUUUGGUGAUUAUAGAUGCCUCCUGUGGCUUGACCUCUGAGCAAGGCGGCAAAUUGCAUAAAGGCAAGUCAAGCAGAAUUUUAAUUGCAAGCAAAGUAGAGCAUGGUGAAUACAAACACUUCUGAUAUUUGAAAGCAGAAAAAAAAAUGUUCUUCAAGAACAAAGCCAUGGUUUAAUAUAACAUGUAAAAAUUGGAGAACAUGCAACAAAUCCAAGUCGUUCUUAAUUGUCUACUUACACGUUUCUGGGGAGUUAUCUUCCAACGAGAGGUCAAUUUGGUCUCAGAAUAUCAAACGGUUGCUCUUUGUCAACAAUUGUAAUUUUACUUCCCAGCAUCAUCAUGUUUCAUUAGCCUGACACUUGGAUGCAGUUCAUAUUGCAUGUCAGUUUGUUCAAAGCCAACAGCGGCCAGGAAGACUUGAAACCAAUAGCUGCAGGCGUCUUUGGAGAACAGUUUUUCACUCCCCGGGUUGUCAAGUUGCGUGUUCAUUCACUUGCCUUGAGGAAGUCUGAUUUUUAACCACAGAAGUUAACAAAAGUGUAACUUUCCUGGCUUUUUUUUUUCUUUUUGCUGCCCUUGAAAUAAGCUGUUGGCACUUGAGGGGCAGUGAACAGCUUUGCCAGGCUUCUGUGGUUGAGGCCUGUUUAGGGAUCGAUUCACUGUACAGAAUCCUUCCCAGCACUGUAUUCCUGACGUUCUUUGUCUGCCAUUUUUGUAGUCUUCUAUUGCAGGGAUCCUCAAUUUUAGCAACUUUUAAGGCAUGUUGGGACUUCGACUCUCAGAAUACCUCAGCCAGCCAGCUAUGCUGCCUGGGAAAUUCUAGAACUUGAAGUCUGCAAAUCUUACAAAUUCUGAAACUUGGAAGUCUACAAUUGGGGACCCCCCCCCCCCCCCCCCGGCUAUUGGACAAGAGAAAAAGCUGGUCAGUCAUUUAGUUUGGAGUGUUAAAUUGCAAGGCCUCCCUCCUGUAGGUCUUAAUUUGGGCAGCCGCUCAAUGGACUCUGUGCCAUUUCAAGCACAGUGUUCAUGUUUAUAGUUGAAUCACUUCUUUUCCAAUGAAACGCAUGGGCACUCUUAAAUGCAAAGCAUGUUUAAAUUGGGACCCAGGUUUUAAUUAGGAUAUUAGUGCCGUGAUGGCGAACCUAUGGCACGUGUGCCAGAGGGGGCACGCAGAGCCUUCUCUGUGGGCAUGCACGCUGUUGCCAGCUGUUCUUCCGGAAAUCAGAAACAGGCCAUUUGGGGCCUGAAAAAAUGGCUGAAAAUGGCCUGAAAAUGACCCAAAAAACAGCCUGGAAAUGGCCUGGAAAAUGGUCUAAAAACACCCUGGUUUGGGCUAUUUUCAAGCCUUUUUCAAACCAUUUUUGGACCAUUUUCAGGCUGUUUGGGGCCAAAAGACAAUUGGAAAACGGCCAAAAAACAGGCAUGUGCAUGCUGGCCAGCUGGUCUUCGGGUUUCCAAUGCUCUGGCACACGCACAUUCCGGUUUUGUCACUUGAAGCCGAAAAGGUUCGCCAUCACUGUAUUAGUUAUUAUACAGCCAAGUCACCAUUUCCACAGUCAGUUUAGUUUUCUGGGUUUUUUGUCUCGGGGGGGGGGGGGGAGAGACCUAUUCUGUGUAGUAAUAAAAAUAUUUGCUUUAAAUUAUAGCACGACAAUUUUUUAAAUCAGUGGCUGUUAACUUUUUUCAUACGUAAUAACUUCAGUUGCGUAUGAAAAGUGAAGAAGAGUGUCUGGAACACUAGGUUUCUCAAAUGCUUUGUUUGUUUGUGUUUUUCCCCUAUGCAUGGAUGCUCAUUUUAAAUUGUGUUGGAGGAUGCUUGUGAUUUCAUGCCUUCAGAUAUAUUUUUUUUUAUAAAUUUUGAAAUAAAACAGUUUAGUGCCUAA